AUGAAGGCCCACCAGUGCCUACACAGUGGGAUCAGACUGUUCUCCUGUGGAGUGUGUGGCAAGGGCUUCACUCAUAAAUCUAAGCUGACCAGCCACACCAAGGUACAUACUGAGGAGAAGCCCUUUCAGUGUCCUCAGUGUAAUAAGAGCUUCUGCCACAAGAGAAGCCUUAUUAAUCACCAGUUGGUACACGCAGGGGAGAGACCUACCAUUGCCCUGCACUGCCCGGAGUGUGACAAAAGCUUCCAUCAGAAGAGAAGUGAAAAACCUUUCCAGUGUCCUGAGGGUAACGAGAGCUUCUGGUGGAAGGCUGGAAUGAAGGCCCAUCAACGUCUGCACGAGGGGGAAAGGGUGUUUUCCUGCAGUGAAUGUGAUAAGUGUUUUUCUAAGCAGUCUAAACUUGAUGAACAUAUUCGAGUUCACAGUGGAGAUGAGCCCUCCUAG